GUCCUUUCACCGGCGACUUGCCGGUCGAGAUGGGUUUAUGCACAAAUGCUAUUCACCGGAACAUAAGAGUAUGAGAAUUGUUAUGCGAGAUUGUGCUGCACUGACUCGCUCCUAUGAUUCACAACCCCAAUGAGUUAGGUCACACGUUGGCCACAACUCAGCCGAUGCCGUACACGGAAAAUAGAACAGUGGAAAUUCCAGAAGCUGUUCAUCGGAGUCCUUACUCAGUCGCCAAAACGGAACUAUUCUUUCUUGGAUUGACCAUCUUCUAUUACACAUUCCUCGUAUUUCUUGGUGUUUGCGGAUGGAUUCGAGCUCGCAUUUGUCUACACCUUAAGCAUCGCAAACAACGCUUUCAAAGACCGCCCCAUUUUGAAAUUGGUCCAAACCAAUUACACAUUCGUUUUGUGGAAGAUGAUGAUUCCAUGUGA